AUGGAAAUAAAAUCAUUAGUUCCUUCCCGUUCUUGCAACUCACCUUUUAAUUUUCUAAAGGGUUUGUUCGAUGGAAAUGGCGCUUCGCUCGGCAACCGGCGCAGUAAACAAGACGCUCUAGAAGCUGUCAAACUGGAUCCUGCCGUGCUAGAAGCACAGGUGACGGUGCAUUCGAAUGACAGAACUGUCAAUGCCGCGGAUACGAAGCCCGAAGCCGUUUCUAAGAUCAAUAAAGUUGCUAAGCCGCUUAAACCAGAGCCGACACCACCACAGUGCCCAAAAGAGAAGACUUUUGAAAAUAUGGUGAAGCAGCAUGAAGCAGCACUCCUAUCUUUGACUCCUCAACAACUGGAACUCCUGAUGAAGUAUGCUGAUGUCCUUCGCAGGCAGAGGAUGAUCACUCAAAAAUAUUUGGAGUGUGCAUUUUGUAAGAACAAUGGGAAGUCAUCAGAUUGGUACACAUCGCACGCAUUGAAGGAUGUUCGUGGCAGAGUGUUGUGUCCAAUUUUGCGAAAGUACCACUGCCCUCGCUGCGGCGCUACUGGUGAUCAGGCCCAUACCAUUAAGUACUGCCCGGAUUUAGUUUUAGAAUCACAAAGCAUCAGUUCUGGAAAAUCUUCAUGUUAA